AUGGCCUCGGAUCGCGGGGUCCCAGGGGCCGGCGUCUUUGGAGAGUUACCCCCGAGCUACGCGCGCUCACGGCCGGCUGCCGACGCUCUACGGACACCCGGCGGCUACUGCCACGCCGCUUUCGCACUUAAACAGAUUUCAAAGGGGAAGACGGUAGGUCAGAAAGCCCCCCUGUGGAUCCGCACCAGGUUCCAGGCCCUCCUGUUUUCUCUGGGCUGCCACAUCCAGAGGCACUGCGGGAAGGUGCUCUUUAUCGGACUCUUGGUGUUCGGGGCCCUCUCAGUGGGACUCCGAGUGGCCGCCAUCGAGACGGACAUCGAGCAGCUGUGGGUGGAAGCUGGUAGUCGGGUGAGCCAGGAACUUCGUUACACCAGGGAGAAGCAAGGCGAGGAGUCCAUAUUUACCUCACAGAUGCUCAUCCAGACCCCCAAAGAAGAGGGCACGGAUAUUCUUACCCAGGAGGCUUUGCUGGUGCACAUGGAAGCUGCGCUGUCUGCCAGCAAGGUCCAGGUGUCACUGUUUGGAAAGUCGUGGGAUCUCAACAAAAUAUGCUAUAAAUCCGGAGUCCCCAUAAUUGAAAAUGUCAUGAUUGAAAGGAUGAUUGACAAGCUAUUCCCAUGUAUGAUAAUCACCCCGUUGGACUGUUUUUGGGAAGGGGCCAAACUACAGGGAGGUUCUGCCUAUUUACCGGGUAUGCCAGACAUCCAGUGGAUGAACCUGGAUCCAGUCAAGCUCAUGGAGGAACUGAGUCAGUUCACGUCCCUGGAAGGAUUUAAGGAGAUGUUGGACAAAGCCCAGGUUGGACAUGCCUAUAUGAACAGGCCUUGUCUGGAUCCAUCAGAUCCUGACUGCCCUGCCAGUGCUCCCAACAAGGAACAAUUAGAGUCUCCUGACAUCACCGGACGCCUGCGAGGCGGUUGCCAUGGUUUUAGCCGGAAGUUUAUGCACUGGCAGGAAGAGCUGAUCCUGGGAGGGCGCAUGAAGAACACCCAGGAUGCUUUGAUGAGCGCGGAGGCUCUUCAAACCAUGUUUCUGUUGAUGAGCCCUAAACAGCUGUACGAGCACUUUAAAGAUGACUACGAAAUCCACGACAUCAACUGGAAUGAGGAGAAGGCUACAGCCAUCUUGGAGUCAUGGCAACGGAAGUUCGUGGAGGUGGUCCACCAGAGUAUCCCGUCUAACUCCAGUCAGUCCAUCCACGCCUUCUCUACCACUACUCUCAACGAUAUCAUGAAGUCCUUCUCCGAUGUCAGCGUCCUACGGGUUGCCGGAGGCUACCUGCUUAUGCUGGCUUACGCCUGCGUGACCAUGCUGAGGUGGGACUGUGCCAAGUCCCAGGGCGCCGUGGGGUUGGCCGGCGUGCUGCUGGUGGCCCUGUCGGUCGCUGCGGGACUCGGUCUCUGCUCCCUGCUGGGACUUUCCUUCAAUGCUGCUACCACUCAGGUGCUUCCCUUCCUGGCACUUGGAAUUGGUGUGGAUGACAUGUUUCUUUUGGCUCACUCCUUCACAGAGGCCGGGACUAACAUUCCCUUUAAGGAACGAACCGGAGACUGCUUGCGUCGCACGGGCACCAGCGUGGCUCUGACUUCCAUCAACAACAUGAUCGCUUUCUUCAUGGCUGCCCUUGUGCCUAUUCCAGCCCUGCGAGCUUUCUCCUUACAGGCGGCCAUCGUGGUGGUGUUUAAUUUCGCCAUGGUGCUGCUCAUCUUCCCCGCCAUACUCAGCUUGGACCUCCACCGGCGCGAAGACAAGCGCUUGGACGUCCUGUGCUGUCUGUACAGCCCUUGCGCCAACCGGGUCAUCCACCUGUCCCCGCACGAGCUGUCGGAAGGUGCCGAGCAGAGCCAGGCUUCGGCCUCGCACCAGUACACGACGGGCUCCACCAUCACCACCAGCACGCAGAUCACCACUACGGUGCAGGCGUUCACACAGUGCGACGCCGCCGGGCAGCACAUCGUUACAAUCCUGCCUCCUACCUCGCAGAUCUCAACUAGUCCAACUUCCAUAAUCCUGUGUCCUACCUCUCAUUCACAAGCUAUUACACCUACGCCACCUACACCUGUUCAGGAUCCCUACGGUUCCCAGCUCUUCACCCCAACAUCCAGCUCCACCCGAGACCUCCUAGCCCAAGUGGAGGACUCCAAAUUGGGCAAAAAGUGCGUCCCGCUCCCAUUCCUCCACUGGAACUUGUCCCACUUCGCCAGGGAGAAAUAUGCCCCGUUUCUUCUAAAGCCCAAAAGCAAAGCCAUCGUUGUCAUCCUCUUCCUGGGACUCCUCGGCCUCAGUCUUUACGGGACCACCAUGGUGCAUGACGGCCUCUACCUGACGGACAUUGUUCCACGCGACACCAAGGAGUACGACUUCAUCGAUGCCCAAUUCAAAUACUUCUCCUUCUACAACAUGUAUCUGGUCACCACGGACAGAUUCGAUUACGCGCGCUCACAGAGACUUCUUAUCCAACUACACAACGCCUUCAACUCGGUCAGAUCUGUGGUCCGAGACAGCGACGGCAAACUGCCCCGCAUGUGGCUUCACUACUUCCAGGACUGGCUCAGAGGUCUUCAGGCUGCUUUUGACGCAGACUGGCUGGCGGGGAGGAUCACUUCAGACAGCUAUCGGAACGGCACAGAAGACGGCGCCUUAGCGUACAAGCUCCUCAUCCAGACCGGAUCCAAAAAAGAACCCUUCAAUUACAGCCAGCUGACUUCUCGCCGGCUGGUAGAUGCAGAGGGUCUCAUCCCACCUGAGGUGUUCUACAUUUACCUGACCGUGUGGGUUAGUAACGAUCCUCUGGGCUACGCUGCCUCCCAGGCAAACUUUUACCCCCAUCCCAGAGAGUGGAUUCACGACAAGUACGACACCACAGGGGAGAAUCUGCGCAUUCCGGCCGCAGAGCCUCUAGAAUUUGCUCAGUUCCCGUACUACCUGAACGGGCUGCGGCAAGCCAGCGACUUCGUGGAAGCUAUCGAGAGCGUGAGGGCCAUCUGCGACGAAUUUAGCCGCAAGGGCGUGUUCAACUACCCCAACGGAUAUCCGUUCCUCUUCUGGGAGCAGUACAUUAGCCUCCGACAUUGGUUCUUAUUGGCCAUCAGCGUGGUGCUGGCGUGCACUUUCCUGGUUUGCGCUCUGCUCCUCCUCAACCCGUGGACCGCCGGCAUCAUCGUGUUUAUCCUGGCCAUGAUGACAGUGGAGCUGUUCGGCAUUAUGGGAUUGAUCGGCAUCAAGCUGAGCGCCAUCCCCGUCGUCAUCCUCAUCGCUUCGGUGGGCAUCGGAGUGGAGUUCACUGUACAUAUUGCGCUGGGCUUCCUGACAGCCAUUGGCAGCAGAAACAAGCGCUCGGCCGGGGCUCUAGAGCACAUGUUUGCCCCGGUGGUCGACGGCGCCAUUUCCACGCUGCUGGGCGUUCUCAUGUUGGCGGGCUCAGAGUUUGACUUCAUCAUGAGAUAUUUCUUCGCCGUGUUGGCCAUCCUCACCCUUCUGGGAAUGCUAAACGGCUUGGUCCUCCUGCCAGUCCUCCUCUCCAUGCUGGGCCCUCCGGCCGAACCGGCCACAUGCGAAGACGGCGGCUGCCCGCCGGCACCUUCCCCAGAGCUGCCUCUACCCCCGCCCAUGGCUCACCACGGCUACUUGGCAGACCGCCGCGACCCCCACCGAGCAUUCUCCGAGACGUCCGACUCGGAAUAUUACUCGGAAGUGACGAGCACGUCGGGAAUCGGAGAGGAGGAGUACAAGUACUGCGACCGCAGCGCUUACAGCUUGCCACCUGCCUCCUCGCACAUUCUGCUGGAAGCAAGCAAGAAUCCCAGCUUCCCUAAACUUAAGGUGGUGAAGCCACUGAGGGACACAGGAGGACGAAUGGAACCAUCCAUCGACUCUACACAUCAUGCUCAGUUGCCUUUGAGCUCUCAGUUGACGUGCUGGGAUGGUACCAAGCGGGACCAACAGCAGCAGCAGGCAGGACAAAAAAACUUAUCCGGGGACGGAGCUCACCAGCCUGGGCGGACUUAUCAGAGCGGCCCCAGGCUACAGGGCGGCAGAGGCCCUCAGCCGAACAGGACUAAAGGGCCCUCCAACUACAGCAACGCGGUGGCCGGGGGGCCAGUCACCAUGGUGACGGCCACGGCCUCCGUGACAGUGGCCGUGCAUCCUACGCUGCCGGGGGCGGCGUAUCAAGGUUACAUGCACGAAGGCUUCGACACAGACACUGAGUCGGACUGCUUCGAGGCCACUAAGAGGACUAAAUUUUCUUCGUAUAAAAGAGACUCGUUAGAGCUUCAGGAUGUAGAAUGCCCACAGGAUCACAAGACGCAACACAACAGGCAAGGUCAGGACUUGAACUCGCAUCACACGGCGAGUCCAGCACAGCAGAAGAGCACGCUAGCUGCUAGGUUAAAAGCCAAGGCUAGCAGCUCUGGCCUCCAGCAUACUCUCUUGAAGGCAUCAGGAGGGAGGUUUCACAUGCAACGUCAGGCCUCGAACACAGCAUGGCAGGAGAGCCCGCAAACUGCUAGGCCAAGAGUCCAGGCUAGCAACUCUAGCCGCCACCGUGCUUUCUUGAAGAAAUCGAGAGGUUUCCUAUGCAACGGGAGGACCCACAGCGGCCCUCGAGGACCGGUUUGGAGACCCCUGCCCUACGCCGAAGGCAACAAGCAGAUCUUCAUCUACUUUGACCCUGUGCACCUUUGGAAGAACAUCUACAGCAGCUUCUACAAUAACGGCUGUAUGGAGCCUGAGAGGAUGAGGACGGCCCAAUUCUCGAGCCUGAAGGCGCUUGCUAGCUGGGAGAACUACAUGUCUGUCAAGGCAGGCUACAAGUUGACCCAGAAGGUGCUGGCGCCCUCUUGGAUCAAGAAGCAGAGUGUCGGGCUCAUCAUGGCGGUCGUCAACCCCUACACGUUCGCCGGGCUGAGGCUCCUCGCCAUGACCACGGGCAUGGAGGAACACAGGGACGCGGCUGACGUUCUGGAGAUGUUCCAGAGGAAGAUCUCUGUGAUGAAUGUGCGCAGGCCGGGGCACGACGUGCGCUGGAAUGACAACUACCGAUGUGUGCUGCAGCCAAGGGCAGGAGGUGAUAGGGGCGGCCUAUCAGGGGUACAGGUGCCAGGAGGGGGACAGCAGACCUGUGCUGCCCAUAAGGCAAUUUAA